ACUACAUGCCCAUUGGCCCCCAGAUCAUUUGACUUUGACACCCCUGCUCUUGAGGGUCAAAUUGGACAAUUUCAGAGAGAAUUUUAAAACGUGACAUUAAACCAUAGGUUAAAUGUAUGGUUCCUUCAAAUCGGCAUAAUUAAUUCAAAUAGGAAAAUUAAAUCUUCCUCUUACAGUGGAUGGGUUGUAAUCUAAUGAACACCAUGAUGAUGAUGAUGGUGAUGAAGAUGAUGAUGAUGAUGACUGGCAAAUCCAUUUUCCCUCCUGAGAGAUGACGACGUAUGAGGGGGUCUAGGUUGGAAACAGGAGGAGGAGGAGGAGAAACCACUGGCUGUGAAAGUGACAGUUGUUUCUCUCCCUGGCUUCAACAUCAUCAUCAUCAUCUUCAUCCUCCUCUUCUUCAUCAUCUUCACCAGCAGCAGCAGCAGCUUCAGCUUCAUGAAGCAGAGGCAGCGUCCAUCAACAGCCUGGAGAACAACACAAGCGGCUCACAUCUCCAGGAGUCGCUCUGCUCGCGGAGGAGGAGGAGGAGGAGGACGGAGAAGGAGAUGAUGGGCAAAUGGCAGCUGCAGCAGCUGAUGAUAAGCGAAUGUGAGGAUCGAGAAAUCGAGCAUUUAUGACACGAACCCGAGUUCAUGUGCGUCAAUAGGAAAUAGUUAGGAAACAAAAAAAGAGUAGACCUUCUGACGCCUAAGGAAACAUGGAUGUUUCUUCAUCCUCGCUCCAGUACGGAUCCAAAAAGAGGGUUAAGAUUCACCCAAACACAGUGACAGUGAAAUAUGCUACCCACUUUCCCCAGCCCGGCGAUGAAGGCUAUGAUGACGCGCCCUCCUUCGAGGAGUUUGGCGCCUUCGCGGAGGCCAAUGUGGAGAAGAGACUGGUGUCAGACAGCAAAGGUGGCAGGACUUUCUUUGGCACCAUGGAGACGCAGCCUAAACAGCCAAGUGUGCAAAGAGACAAGGGGGUCGGGGGCCAGCUGGCUAGCUUCGGUGAGGCCAACGUGUUGGCCUCCAGGGUAACCUGGAUGGCCUUGUUUGGGGCAGCGGUGGCUCAUGGCUGUGUGGCACUGAUUACUCGUUUAGCAGCCGACCGCUCAAAAGUCCCCUCCCUGGAGCUGCUCUUCAUCCGCUCCGUGAUCCAAGUGCUGUCCAUCCUGGUUGUCUGCUACUACCACGAGGCCCCCUUUGGCCCUAAGGGCUACCGCCUUCGUCUCUUCUUCUACGGCAUCUGCAACGUAAUCUCCAUCACCUGCGCCUACACCUCCUUUGCGAUAGUACCGCCCAGUAACGGCACCAUCAUGUGGCGAGCCUCCACCACGGUCUUCAGCGCGAUACUGGCCUUCCUGCUCCUGGAUGAGAGGCUGGGCUACACAGACGUGGUCACGGUGGUGGGCAGUGUGUUUGGCCUGUGCCUGGUUAUGGUGCCAAACGUCGCCGAUGAGGAGAAGUCCAGACUGGGCUUCUGGAAGGAGGCGUUUGGCUACACAAUGACAGUGAUGGCCGGUUUGACAGCUGCCCUCUCCAUGAUCGUCUACAGAGCCAUCAAGGAGCGUGUCAGCAUGUGGACCGCGCUCUUUACAUUUGGCUGGACGGGCACAGUGUGGGGUGCCUCCACCAUGUUCAUCAUGCAGGAGCCCAUCAUUCCUCUAGAUGGCGAGACCUGGGGCUAUUUAAUUGGAAUCUGUAUCUGCUCCACCGUGGCUUUCUUAGGAGUGUACUACGCCCUCAACAAGUUUCAUCCAGCCUUAGUUAGCACCGUGCAGCACCUAGAGAUCGUAGUGGCCAUGUUCCUUCAGCUCAUUGUUCUGAGGAUGAUCCCAUCAGUCUAUGACGUUAUCGGAGGCCUGGUCAUCAUGACCAGUGUAUUCACCCUGACAGGGGUCAAGCUGUACCGGGUGAGCAGGGCCAUUCGGCAGGAUUAUCAGGAGAUCCUAGACUCGCCCAUCAAAUGAGUUUCGAUAUGUCAGUCUGUUUGUUUACAAUGUCAGUUGGUUGUGCAAUUUAGAGGAUGUCUGAUGAAAUUUGUAUCGUUGUGUUGUUGAAAGAGUGCCAGUAUGUUGUGUAAACUAACGUCUUGAUAUUUGUGUGUGAAAUAAAAAGACAAGUGUAAUAUGGUGACCAUUUCCCCCCCAUAAUGAUACUGAUUUUGAUGUCAAAUUGUGUCAUGGACCAAAAAUGUCAGCAACAACAAAAAAUCAUUUUCAUAAUUUUUGUGCUUUGUUGAACAUUGUUAUAUCAUAUAAAGAUAUGGUCUUGUGAGUGGCAAUGUAAGACAUAAUUUUCAUGAUUAUUCCAUCAACAGGGUGCACUGUAUGCCAGUGUUGUCACACUGACACACGUGUAAAUGUCAGCCCAAAACUCAUACAUAUGCCAUACGAGGCGUGAAUGAAUAAACAUAAAUUCCACCCAUC